AUGCUUUUCCGGGUACGUUUAUCCAAGGAAAAAGAUUUUUGAUAGUGUGACUGUAGUGAGUCUGUGAUGCCUGCGCACCAUAGAAGAUAUUUGCGUCUGUAAUCCAUCUCCAUCUGCAUGCAAAUGCGUUUUAUUCACAUAACAAGUACAACUUACUAUCUGCGCAUGACAGGAGGCUUUUGCUGUCAUAAAAAAAAACAAAUUUCUUUCUGUUCACUGUUAGUUUUACUUUUCCCCAAAAAGAGAAAAUACUAAGAGACACACUUUCUUUCUGGCAUAACAGGCCGCGCUCGUGCGGUACGCCGAAGAUCCUGACUCUCCCGGCGCCGUCUCCUAUGGCCAGGCCAGGUGUUACAAUCUCAAUUGUUUAUAUAUGAAUAAAGAUGUGGAUUAUUUUUAUUUCGGUUUUAUAUUGCGUGAACCACACGAGGAAGUGCGAAAAGCGCGACGCUUUCCAUCUUACUGGAAGAUAGGAAGCGACGCGUUUUUCGCAAUACUUACAACAAAUUGUGUCAGAUAAAAAGUCUAGUGCGCUUGUAAGCUGCGAAGCUUGCCAUGCGCAACAUUAUUCCUGCGGUGAUAGGCCAGAUUAAUCAGCAGCACCAGCAUUUGCAUCACCAUCACGAAUUUUCGCUUUACUCAUGGCAACGUUUUCUGAUAUUGUAAGCGGGGUACAUCUCCAAAGUUGGCUUUUUUGGCGACCCAGACGCGGUGGCGGAAGUCCUACACACUCGGCCACCCGAAAGUGCUACACGCUCGGCUACCCCCUGAGGAUUGAUUUCAUAUCUGCCAAGUCUGCAUGGAGUUUGCACGAAAUAAAGGGCGUCUUGAGUGACAACAUGAUAGAUGUGUUUUGCGUAGCAUGAAGCUGGAGGUGGAGCUGCUGCUUCAAGAAUCGAUGAACAACUACAAUCCAGCACUUAUCGAAACUUCUCUAGAAGUAGUCGUGGAUGAAUGUUUUUCGAUUUCAACAGUACCGAUC